AUGGAUGCUGUGUCGACCACAGGGUUGCCGCAUCUGCCCGAAUUAAAUCAAAGAAUUUUUCAUGAAAACGGAUUAAAUGGUGAGGUGAUUGGAUUUGCAGCAAAGCGCGAGGAGCAAUGUGGGAUCGUGCUGCUAGGUGGAUCAGUGGAAGCAGUGUUGCGUCAAACUGAAACUGCGUCAAAUGUCGAACUUAUGUUCUGUUAUGAAAUGGAUGAUCAAGCACCGGGAUACUAUAAGGCGGACUACAUUGUGCCAAAGAAACAAAAGAAUAAAUGGCAGAGAAAAGUGGACGUCGAAUUGAAGUAUUAUCGUAAACUGGAUGGAAGGAUGCAUCCCUUGCUUAGAGGAUUUGAAGAAUAUAUUUUUGAAGCACUGAAAGGUGAACCCUAUUGUGUUGCUAGAGCUGUGGUUGAGCCUAAAGGAGUCGAAGAAGCUGUAGAGAAAAUAAUGAAGAUUUUUGAACAAAAAGGGACUUUGCAGUUAGCACAAUAUAACUAUGUGAUGGGGAAUGAGUGUAUCUACAAAAUGAUGUAUGGAAGUAUUUGUCGGUCCGAAGAAGAAGAUGUAACUUCGGUGAAUGAAUGGAAGCGAACAGGGCUACAAGAGUUCGUCAUGGAUUUUGGCAAGGCUUUGGAUACGAGACAACGAAGUUCGCAACCGCUUACGGAAGCUGAGUCAUCGCCACGGAAACGCCCGAGGGUGUCGUUAUCAGUGGAAGAUGUGCCGGAAGAAAGUAAGUCGUUUGUUUUGGUAUUCUAUCUUAUGCUAUGCAUUGCAAGCUUGAUCGAAAGCUCUGUAUUGAACUUACAGAUGGAAAACGUUAGCUUGGAAGAAGGUGACAUAGGGUCUUUUGUAGUGCAAGCAUCGUCGUCUUCAUCACUCAAGCAAUUCGAUCGACCUCCAACGGACAACGAUGAGGGACUGGUGCAGCAUAUCGUUAUAGAAGAUGAAGACGACCACGAAGAAGAGAAAGAAGAAGAGAAGGAAAAAAUCAGUAAGCUGAAUUUCAAGGUUACGGCGAAAAUUAGUGAAGAAAGUGCAGAGCCAAUAAUGAGUGAUGUGACAAGAGCAACUGCAAGUGAAAUCGUCCAUGCCAUCCAUGAUGUAGCUGAUACCACUAGAUACACGAUUUCCGAUCUCAAAAGACGGUUUGAGCCUCUUGAUCCAAGUUUGCACUUAGAGGCUUUGAAUGAAACACCUUACACGGGUGUUUGA